GUACAGGGGUCCAUAUUCUCCAAGAAGCCGCACUAACGGAGAAUGUGGUCAUCACCCUGUUCUGGAAUCUCCACUGCAUUCGAUCUUCUUCUCGUUCGGUUUUCCACCUUCUAAAACAAGAUAAUCUUAUCUUUAGCCCAAAUCUCAACUAUGGACAAGCACCCAGGCUCCAACACGAUCAACCCCGCAUCCUACCAUGGGAAUCCGGCCGCACGGUGUUCGGACCGAGGAGUUGGCGGUUCGUGUCCGCACAGCCUGGGCUCAGAGGCAGGCACCGCAGGCAGCCGUGGUGGGGUGUCCGGGGACAGCGCGUCUACUUUGCAUCAAACCCACAAGCGGCGCCUGGAGGGGGUCCUCAAUAAAUACACCAACCUGCUACAGGGAUGGCAGAACAGGUAUUUUGUGUUGGAUCCGGACAUGGGUCAGCUGCAGUACUUUGUGAAUGAGCACAGUAAGAAUCAGAAGCCUCGGGGAUCUCUGCCUCUCAUAGGGGCCUCUGUGACCCUCAGCGAUGAACUACCACACAUGUUCACGGUCCACUCUGCCACUGGAGAGGCCUACAAACUCAGAGCUUCGGACGCUGGGGAGCAGCAGCUGUGGAUGAGUCAGAUGCAGCUCUGUGCCCGACGCCACUCUGACUCCAGUGCCAAGGGCCGGACACUCAGCUUCUCCGCGCUCCCUCCUCCACUCAGCCACCGCCACCCUGCCCCGCCCGUCGCCUCCUCCUUCACCUCCUCCUCACCUGGUACCCAGAGAAAACCUCUCUACCCUGGGGUUGGAGGGGUCGUCACCAUCACCCAUCACAGAUCCCCUGCUGCGGCCCGCCGGGCCAGGACCCAGAACAACCAGAACUACCACCCUGCUCCAGGGAGGCUGAGCCAGGUCAAAGAGGUGAUGACCCAGGCAGAGGGCCAACAGAAGAACCUGGUUAACUCCAUAGAGUCCCUGCCCUCCCGUGGUCCUCUGUCCUCCUUAGACCAGGACCUUCUUCUCCUCAAGGCCACGUCAGCAGCUACCCUCUCCUGUCUGGGGGAGUGUCUCCACAUGCUGCAACACAAUGUCAGCCAGGCCGCGCAGCAUGUCACCCUGGGUCGGUCAGACAGCCAGGACCGGAGUCAGAGUCCCAUCCACAAACAGACGUCCAGCCAGAGUAACAGCAACAUCUCCAGUCAGACUCACAACCACAACCACAACCAGUUCAAGAAGCAGAUGAGCCUGGAUCCCAACCAUGUUCCCACCGCACCAUCAGACAGCUUCACAGGAUGGUCUAGAUCUCCCUCAGAGAAGCAGGUGACCAGUAGAGGAGGGACACCUCUUCCACAUGUUCCCUCUCCAUCACACAUCAACAAGGAGGUGGUCAGCAACUCUGUGCCCCAGCAGGCCCCUCCCACCCCAGAGUCUAUAGACCCCAGUGAAGAGAUGACAGACACAGAGGACAACGAGGAAGAGGACCUGGGAGUCAGAGAGGACCAACGGAACAUUAUCCUUCACCUGCUGUCGCAGCUCAAACUGGGCAUGGACCUCACACGGGUGGUACUCCCUACCUUUAUCCUGGAGAAGCGUUCCCUCCUAGAGAUGUACGCUAACUUCAUGGCUCACCCAGACAUGUUCCUGAACAUCACCACGGGAACCACCCCAGAGGAGCGCAUCGUCCGAUUCGUGGAAUACUACCUGACCGCCUUUCACGAGGGGCGCAAGGGUGCCGUGGCCAAGAAACCCUACAACCCCAUCCUGGGAGAGAGUUUCAGGUGUUCCUGGGACGUCCCCCGAGAGAGAGUCCACCCACUGAGGACCAUGAGCUCUGCCCCUAACACUAACACGACACCCAACCGGGUAAGGUUCGUGGCGGAGCAGGUGUCACACCACCCACCCGUCACUGGGUUCUACUGCGAGUGUAAAGAGAGGACCAAUACCCACGUCUGGACCCGAAGCAAGUUCAUGGGCAUGUCCAUCGGAGUGUCUAUGGUCGGGGAAGGUGUUCUACGUCUGUUGGAGCAUGAUGAGGAGUAUGUUUUCACUCUGCCCUGUGCCUACGCCCGCUCCAUUCUUACCGUACCCUGGGUGGAGCUGGGAGGGAAAGUCACCAUCAGUUGUGCCAAGAGUGGAUACUCUGCCACCGUUACCUUCCAUACUAAACCCUUCUAUGGAGGAAAGAUACACAGAGUGACAGCGGAGGUGAAGCACAACCCGACGGGGACCAUAGUGUGUAAGGCCCAAGGUGAAUGGAACGGUACCCUAGAGUUCACCUACAGCAGUGGAGAGACCAAGGUCAUCAACACCUCCAAGCUGCCUGUCAUCAGGAAGAAGAUACGCCCCAUGGAGAAACAGGGACACUACGAAUCACGGCGUCUGUGGCAGCAUGUCACCUCAGCUCUGAGAUCAGGAAACAUUGACUCUGCUACAGAGCACAAACACUGUCUGGAGGAGAGGCAGAGAGCAGAGGGCCGACAGAGAGCUGCCUCCAACACACCCUGGACACCCAAGUACUUCAUCAAGGAGGGCGAGGGCUGGGUGUAUCACAACCCCUUGUGGAAGACCCACUGACGAGGGGAGGGGCC